AUGUGUAUUGACUAUUUCUAUCAUACCCCUGCAAAAUCUUGGAACGCUAUUGACGCCACUUGUUACUAUGAUUCCAAAAGCUGUUUUAGUUCGACUUUUGAACUUCUGGCAGUAAUAAAAAGUGACUUGGUUAAAGUUAACAAUACUCAAAUUACUUUCAAGAAAUUUGUUAUUUCUAGUACUAAUGAAAUUGAAAGGCUCAUGAAUUUGACUGUACACAAAAAGUUUCACCAAGACAGUUCCAAAGAUAAUACUCAAGAGAAUCAAGGUGGUUCAGAAGAAAAGCGCGAUAAUCGUAGCUCAAACGUAGCUUGUGCUCCUUUUUCUAAAGAACAAAAUAUCUUAAUGAAGGUAUCAGACACCUUAAACAACUAUGGAAAAAUGACAAUUUCCAGUAUUUCAGCUAUCCCCGCUACGAGAAGUGCUAUUGUAGAAAGGAAACGCCAGUACGAGGAAGACUCUCCAGAUAUGAGUCAAGCUUCUUUUCCUGAAAAUCAUUUGACAAAAGUAAGGGAAGGAAAAAAUCAUUAUCGUUUCGAGGCACCCUCUGCUAGGGCCGAAAGUCUUCAUAUGCCAAAGUUGAGAAAAACACAACUUGAAGCGCUAAAGAAAAUGUGCCACUUUGGCACUUCUUUUUGCUCAAAUGAGCAGACCUUCAACGAAUAUAAAGCGUGCAUUAAUGAACAAAUGCAGAAUAGUUCACUCCGGUCUCUUGAGAUGUUUGAUUGUCUUGUAUCUUUGUUAGAAAAAGCAUCCUUUGAUAAUUUCAAUGAGACACUUUGGGCAUUCAAACCUGAUUUUGCUUUAACAACUCCGUCAAAAGCAUUUUUGGAUAUUGUAAAAUACACCCUCUGUUCAUUUCAUUUAUCAUGCAGAUCAAUACAAGAGUUCGCACAAAACCAUGAAAGAACUCAUUUUGUCGAAAAUAUAAUCCCGUCUUUGUUGGCAUUAUCAAAAUGUUACUGGGCUUGUGGAAUUCAAAUGCCUCCAGGUAGUAUUUAUCAAAUCAAGUCAGAUAUCUUCAUUCUUAAUGAUACAUUUUAUAGUGGUAUUUUAAAGGAGCACACAACGCGCACAGUAGAGGACUCAUUAAAAAUAUUAGAGUGCAGUAUGUCUGCCUUAAGGAAAGAAGCUUCCCACUACAAGAAUGCUUCAAAAAAGACCUUCGAAGAACUCAAGGUAUUUUCCGUUCAUGUUGUAACAACACAAGUUACACUCUGCGAGAUGUCUUUCCAUGAUGAAAACAAUUAG